UUGUUUGGUAGCGGUAAACGGGCGCACGAUAACGCGGCAUCAACGGUUCGACCGCGACGCGUUUUACAAUAUUUGUACAAUACUGUGCUCGUGUGUGAGUGCGACAAACAGCAGCAAACGCGAAUGCGAGCGCUAAUGCGAAUUCGAAUGCGAGUGCGAAUGUGAGUGCGUGCGUGCGUGAGUGUGUCAGUGUGCGUGUGUGUGUGCGAGUGAGUGUGUGUCAGCGUGUGUGUACAUUGGGCGAAGGCAUUUCAAGUUGUUGCAUUGACUAGGCCCGUGUGACCAAAAACAACGCCCAGAUAACACAUUGACACCAAAAUAUUUUGACCGCACACAACAACAACGAACGAAGUUGGCUGCAUGUCAACCGGAAAUCAACUUGAGCAUCAGCUUCAACUUCUGCCUCAGCUUCAGAUUCAGCUUCAGCUUUAGUUAUAGCUUCAGUGUGUGCGUGUGUGUAUAACAGGCGCCAAUAAGUCGCAACUUCCAUGCCUACGUUUCUGCUGUGUAUGCCGCAAAAAGUAAAUAAUAAAAUAAAUAAAUAAAUAAAUUACGCGCCAAGCACUGCAAAGGCAGAAAAAAGGCAAAAGCAAAUACAAAAAAGGAAGAAAGUAGAAAGUAGAAAGAGAAAAAAAAUAAGAAAUAUUAAAGCAAAUAUUUAUGCCAAAUGCUUUCUGUUCAGUGCGAUGAUAUCCAAGUGAAGUGGCAGACAGUGCAACAAUAAGCGUUUAACUAGGACAGAGUCAAAGUUGAAACCGGACGAGCGCGUUAAGGACUUAAGGAUCAAGUGUACUUGAACUCGGCGAGCACGUCUAGAAAAACGGUAUGUGCAAUAAAGAGAUAUUUAGCUGAGUGUGCUCAAAUCUAAUCAAAGCAAUGCGGCGGCAGCUGCUUGAGAAGCCAACAAUGGCAGCGCGUUGAGCACGUGAAAGCCUUGAAAAAAUGUCCUCGUGUGCUUGCAUGACAAUUGUAGCGUGCAGGCAUUCAGACAACGCAACAGCAGCAGCGUCAGACAGCGCAGUUGAGCGCAGUGUACGUGAAGUGUAUGCUAAGAACUUGAGGGAAAGGCAGUAGGAAGAACACUAACCCACUAGCACAUGCGAGAGCAGAGAAGAAGGUGGGAGCUUAGCACCUGCAGAAAUGCGCAGACAACCCGCAAAGACAUAGAGCAACGCACGGAAUAACUAAUUCGCUUCAGCUGCCAUUGAAAUAUGGAAAAGGAUUCACAUUGUUAAUUAAAAAACAAAAGGCGAAAAUCUUUACAAAACGAUAAAAACGAAUCGCGACUGAAUAAACCGGAAAAUAAGGCCACGCCACAAACAGCGAUAUUGUGGUCAAUUAUACAACAAGCGUAAUAACAACAACAGCAACAGCAACAUCAACACCAAUAACAACAAGAAAGAGCUGCAGUACAUAAAGUCAUUCAACGGCAGCAACAUCAUUGCAACAUCGCCAUUUUGACCAAUAUUAAUAAUGGUAAUGUUGCUGCAAUCCAAGCGACAACUGCCACUAGCAGCAGUAGCAACAGCAGCAACAUCAUCAUCAGCAACAACAACAGCGAGAGUUUCGCGAACGAGAAGAAAAAUACGUGGCCUGCUGCUGUUGUUGCUGCUACUUGUGCUGCAAGUGUGUAGCAGCCGCGGCGCUGGCAUCAGCUACAACAAUGGCAACAGCAUAUCUGGUAAUUUGAGUGUCACACUGCGUGGCAAUGCGGCAACAAGUAGCAGCGGCGGUCUGGUAUUGAUCGGCUCCAGCAGCGCCACGGGCAGCUCUGGCAAUGCGGCCACGUCCAGCUCUGUGCCCUCAUUAUCGCUCACUUCAUCAUCGUCAUCGUUUGCAACGUCGACUAGCAGCAGCAGCAGCAGUUCGUCAUCAUCGGCGUCAAGCGGCAACCGCAACAGUAGACUAACUAGCAGCAGCAGCAGCAACGGCAACAGCAACAACAAUAGCAACAAUAACAACAUAAAUCAUGAUCAAUUACCCGCACAGCUCUCAUCGCGCAUCAUCCACACACGCAACGGCGCCAUCUCGGGCGUAAUUGUCCAAUUAGAUGGACGGCAUUUGGAUCCGGUUGAGGCGUACCGUGGCAUACCCUACGCCUCGCCGCCCGUCGGCAAUUUGCGUUUCAUGCCCCCCGUCUCCGCAGCCAUGUGGUCGGGCGUCAAAAAGGCGGACAGAUUUAGUCCAGUGUGUCCACAACGGCUGCCGGACAUCCACAAUGAGACAGCAGCUCUCGAGCGCAUGCCCAAGGGUCGAUUGGAGUAUCUGAAGCGAUUACUGCCCUAUCUGCAAAAUCAAUCAGAGGAUUGUCUCUAUCUAAAUAUUUAUGUGCCCAUACAAGUCGGUUCGCGGGACUCAUCGAGCAGUGGCAGCAGCUCUGGCAAUUCUGGUGGCUCUUCGUCGUCGUCCUCCUCCUCAUCCUCGUCGUCUGGUCCGGCAAAGUAUCCGGUACUGGUGUUUGUGCAUGGCGAAUCAUAUGAGUGGAACAGCGGCAAUCCCUAUGAUGGCUCUGUUCUGGCUAGCUAUGGGCAAAUAUUAGUGGUAACCAUAAAUUAUCGCCUCGGAGUAUUGGGCUUUCUGAAUGCCAACACGGAUCGCUAUUCAAAGCUGCCUGCCAAUUACGGCCUGAUGGACAUCAUUGCAGCCCUGCACUGGCUAAAGGAGAAUAUUGCCGCCUUUGGCGGCGAUGCAAACAGCAUUACACUAGCAGGACACGGCACUGGAGCAGCCUGUGUGCACUUUCUCAUAUCUUCCAUGGCCGUUCCAGAGGGUCUUCUCUUCAAUCGUGCCAUCCUUAUGUCAGGCUCUGGCUUAGCGCCCUGGUCCUUGGUCAGCAAUCCGGCAAAGUACGCAGCCAUUGUGGCCCAUCAUGUUAACUGUGCCUCAGAUCUGCCACAUGCCCAUCUAAUGAAAUGCUUGCGGGAAAAGACCCUUGAGCAACUUCUCAGUGUGCCCAUCCGACCGCCAGAAUUUGGUUUUGCCUUUGGCCCUAGCAUUGACGGCGUUGUCAUCGAUGGCGGGGACUAUGUGCCACCUGCCCCCGGCUCCCCUGCCGCCCAGGCUCAGGCUCAGGCAUCAACUGCCGCAGGCAACGGACUUGGCGGAGAGGCGGGCAUUGCUGCGGCUGGUGGCUGGGGUACGCCUGGCCAGCUAGAAAACAUCGUAUUAAUGAGAAAAACUGCCAUUAACAAGUUGUCAAGAUACGACCUGAUGGCUGGCGUGACACGUGCCGAAGCCUUUUUCAGCUUCAAUUCGGGAGACGUGCAAUAUGGCAUCGAGGCGGAUCGACGCUCGAGAAUUUUAAAGGCCUACGUUCGAAACACGUACACAUUUCAUUUGAACGAGAUAUUCGCAACGAUUGUCAAUGAAUACACCGACUGGGAGAGACCGGUGCAGCAUCCAAUUAAUAUCCGAGAUGAAACUUUAGAGGCUUUAAGCGAUGCCCAGGUUGUUGCACCUGCUGCUCAAACCGUUGAUUUACAUUCCGCGGAUCAUCGCAACUCCUAUCUAUAUGUGUUUGACUAUCAGACCCGAUUCGGUGACUAUCCGCAGCGUCAGGGUUGCAUCCAUGGCGAAGACUUGCCGUAUAUCUUUGGUGCACCACUCGUCGGCGGUUUAAAUCAUUUUACUCGCAACUAUACGAAAACCGAAAUCAGUCUAUCGGAAGUUGUAAUGUUUUACUGGUCCAACUUUGUGCGCACCGGCAAUCCAAAUGAACAAAUGGAAACGGAACACGGCAGCCGACAGGAGCGCAGUCGCUACAAGACCAUCGAAUGGACGGCCUAUGAGAGCGUACACAAGAAAUACUUAAAUUUUGAUACGAAACCCAAGCUGAAGAAUCAUUAUCGCGCACAUCGACUCUCUUUCUGGUUGAACCUUAUUCCUGAUCUGCACAAGCCAGGCGGAGAUAAUGUGCCUGCUGCCCAUCAUCAGCUACAUGACGACGACGAGUUGGACAACAACAUUGCGAACGAUGCCUCGGUGAAGCCAUUGAAUCCAUCCUACACCUCGAGGGGCGCUAAUGCGGCGGCGAUUGGCAACUUUACAGUAUUUCAGAAUCAAGUGUUUUCAUUACUGAACCUCAGCUCACCAUCCUCAUCGCUGCAGCGGAAUGGAACUCGAUAUGGCGCUGGCAAGAUCUACCCAGACGAUAUGCUGGAUGCAGAGCAUGGAGGUGCUGCGAGUGCCUCGCAGGAUAACGAUGGAUUUGCCGCCUACUCCACGGCAUUGAGUGUAACCAUUGCCAUUGGCUGCUCACUGCUGAUACUUAAUGUCCUGAUCUUUGCUGGCGUCUACUAUCAGCGGGACAAGACCCGUCUCAGCGAGCCGCGAACACAGACGAAGCUGAAGCGACAGGAGAACGGCCAAAUGCCGAACAACAUAUGCGGAGAUCUGGAAACGUUGACCAUACAUGCGAAAAGCGAUCCGGCAACCAUACUGUCGCAUCAUCAUGCCAUGCAGCAUCAUCAGCUGCCGCCGCCGGAGUUUGCGGAUAUUCCGCAUCGGGCACCGCCGCCACCAAAGCAUAUGAAAUCCUCAAUGCAGGACGGCAGCCAGGGGGCGGGAGGAGGUGGUGGUGGGAUGCUGCCACCGCCACAUUCGCUGCAGGUUCUUGGGAAUCAGUGUGGCACGCUGACCAAAAAGAGCUGCAUGAAGCAAACACAGGCAGCACAAGCGCAACAGCAUUCGCCCGCCCAGCAGCAGCACGUCGUCACACAUCAGCAGCAUCAGCAACAUUUGCAGAAUCAUCAUAAUCAAAGCAUGACCACUGUGCUGACCACUGCUGGCGGCCUGAUACCAGUGCCAACGCCGCCCACAGUGCCAGUUAUUGUGGCAACCACAACGCAGCAGCAUGGCCAGCAGCAACAACAGCAGCAGCAGCAGCAACAACAACAGCAGCAACAGCAAUCACAACAGCAACAUCCACUGAUGGAUGAGCUUCGUGUGUGACAUUAAUUGACGGUGCGUUUUAAAUGUGAUCUAUAAGCUAAGAUCUUGAAGCGCACAGUCCGCAAACUGUUUCAACUGAGUGUGUAUGCGUGUGUGAGUGAUGAGUGUGUGUGUGUGUGUGUGUGACUAUGUAUGUUGAAUGUGUGUGUGUGUAUGCAAUUAGUCAGUCAACUGUGUUAAAAUAAAUGUUCAUUGUUCGCUUUUCUUUGCUGUCUGCUGUGAAUGUUGAAGCACGAAUUGUUGCUUGUUGAUUUUUAACAUCAAUUUUAUUGUACAUAUAUAAAUGUGUAGUUAAGUUUUCUUGUUGUUUAACACCCACGUUAUGUGAAAUAAGAAAAUUCAACUGAGUUCUUCUAAUUAUUUAGAAUUAACUUUUUAUAAACUUGCUGAGCCACUCACAAAGUCAAGAAUGUUUGACUUCCUUUUCAACAUAAUUUUGAUUUUCUGCAUUUCACAACUAGCUGUAUAUAAUUUCCUGUUAAAUAACUAACUGUCUAGGACCAAUAUUGAACUCUACUUUAGCUAUUGGUCAGCAGCUCAAAACAAAACAAUUUAUACGCAAACAUGGUAGAGAAUGAGGUUAAAAUAAUAUAUGAAAUGAAUUCAAAAUAGGAAUAUAUAUAUGAAGUGAAAUAUUUAUGUAUAAAUGAAACCAAUAUAAAUGUUAUUCUUCCAAAGACUGAAUUAAAAUUGUAUGUGUACGACGAGUAUGUGUGUAAAUAAUACUAGCUAUUAAAUAUUCGUUAUAAGCUGUACAACAACAACAUAAAACAACAAAUCAACACACUUUCCAACUAGCCUAAAAUAUAAACAUAACAAAACACAGCAAAUGUUGCAAGUCACAACAAAAGUCUCUCAACAAUAAAAAUCAACAAAUAUUUUGCGGACAACAGUUUGUUUAGUUUCUGCGUAAAACAAAACUCUGGUAAAGCCUAUAAAAACCUUUGUAGCCAAUUCCCAUAGCAAACACAAGACAGAAUUUUUGGUGUCGAAUCAAAAACAAAAUAAGACAAAUUGAUAUUGUUAGUUGUAAGUAUGCAGCUACUUUGUUACGCGAAAACUAAACUAAAUAUUUGCCUAGAAAUUAAUAAACAAAAAGAAUAUAAAUACGACAGAAAGAAGUUCAACAAUUAAAAUGAGCAUAAACUAGUAAGAAGUCUCUCAUAGUCCAAUGCGCUCAAAAUAGCAUAUACCCUGUAAUGCCUCUAUUUAAAAUAUCCUUCUUCCAUUCAGUUUUGUAAGUAAGUUCCACAUCAUUUAUUUCGUUUAAUUGCAUACCUUAAUAACCCUAUUCGGCAUUAUUUUUUUUGCGGAUUUGGGGGUAUAUGUGAACAGGAAAAUAGUUAAAAAUUCAAUUAGUCGGAAAUGAAUAUGCGCAGAAACAUAUACGAAAUAAUAUGUUCAGUUAUUAAUUUUAAGUACCUAUUUACUAACAAACGCCGAAAAUGUAAUUAAAAAUUAAUAUAGAAAUGAAAAUGAGAUGCGCAACACGAAUUGCGAGAAACGUCAUGAAGCAGCUCAUUAUAAGGAAACAGUGUGAAAAUUACAACAAUUAAAUUGCGCGCAUGUGGAAACUAAUUGUAAAUUACAUAAAAAAAUACACGAAAAAUAUAAAUGACAGCAAAACAAAUAGCAAAAACGAAAACGUAUUUAGUCGCCGUAAAACCAAAUUAUAGAAAAUGAAAUGAAUAUGUAAAACUUUAUAGCUUAUGUGUAUGCGUAUAUAUAGUUAAUUGUAAUGAUGUAAAACUAGCAUAACUAUAGCAAAAACAAACAAACAAAAAAAAAAACCAAACAGAAUACAAACGUAAUAACAAAUACCAAAACAUAUAUGCAUAUUUAUAGUGUAUUGCAUAA